AUUGUGUAAUACAUUCAGUAGGUGGCGGUAAUUAACAAAUUUUAGUUUUAACACCGCCAUUAAAACAAAAGAAGAAGAAGAACUCAGAACAUAAACAGCAGUCUCUAAUGUAUGGUCACUAGUCCAACGGCGGGGACGGAAAAUCAACUAGGGAGUCGGAACGAACUAAGACGGAAAUAACCAAGGCUAAAACAACACCCACAGGUAGUUGUUUAUGAGAUGGCGGGUACCAGAAAAGUUAUCGAACUUUUCUAUGACGUUGCAUGCCCGUAUGCUUGGUUGGGGUUUGAGGUCCUCUGUCGCUACAGAAAUGUGUGGAAUAUUGACCUUCAAUUCCGCCCAGCCUUUUUGGGAGGAAUCAUGCACGGAUCAGGCAACAAAUCUCCGGGUCUUGUCCCCAACAAAUUUCUGUACAUGGGAAAAGACUUGGCACGGCUAGCGCUGUACUUUGGCGUUCCUAUUGUUAGCCCUGAAAACCCCGCUGAAGUAAAAGGCUCCCUGUCGGCGAUGCGUUUUGUCACAGCCGUGGCGGAGAGCAGAGAAGGCAGGCAGGCGGACGUGGAGAACGUGUCCAGGGAGCUGUGGAAGAGAAUAUGGAGUGGAGACGAAGACAUCACCCUCCCGGCCUCGCUCUCUGAGGCAGGUCUGAAGGCAGGACUGCCUGCCAAUGAAAUCGAGGAGCUUUUGCAACUGGCCAGUUCUCAGAAAAUCAAGGAAAGGUUGAAGAGUACAACCCAGAAAGCAUUAGAUUGUGGGGCAUUCGGAUUCCCUCACAUAAUAUGCCAUGUUAAUGGGAAGGAGGAGAUGUUCUUUGGGUCAGAUCGAUUCGAGCUCAUGGCACACUGCAUAGGGGAGCAGUGGUUGGGACCUCAGCCCGCCAAGACGAGUGCCAGAAUGUGACCCUCAUCCAUAAAUAUCUGCAGGGUCUCCUUCACAAUUUGGCCUGGAUUUACCGUGGGAGCAAUAAUUAUUGUUUUUCCUCAUACCUCCUCCAGGCAGUCUUUGUGUAUUAACAUGAAUUAAACUGAAAUUUAGUCAUGGGAUCAUGCAUAACUUAACAGAUAUAGGUCCAAAGAUAACUUCCAGUCUGGGGUGUUAACCCUUUCAUCUGAUUAUAUGAAAGGAUGUGAAUUAAAUUAGUGAAUUUAUAGUAUUCAUACAGAAUGUUAGGGACACAAAAUUAGUUCCAAAUAUGAAUAAAAAAAUAUAACAUCUGAAAAUUAGAUCAGCAAAAAGCGUUCAGAAUGAAAACUCCUAUGUGAACAUAAUCCUGCUCCCAUGGCACAUUCUCAAAUAAAGCAUAGUUAUAAAAUGUU